AUGAGCAACAAUAACAACUCUGACGUCGCCAUGGACCCUACUGCUUCCGGUAGCGCAGAACCGCAAUUUUUCAACGCAGAACAAAGUCCGGACGUCAAGUUUGACUUGGCGGGAAUCUCCAUCCAAUCGAAGAUACUUCCUUUCUGGCGUGAUCAUCCACGGCUAUGGUUCGCGCAAUACGAAGCACUAAUAAACCCUAUGAAGAUCAGCGACGAGCAGAAAUUCAGAUACGUCCUAGGAGUACUACAAACUUCGGAGAUACAGCAAAUAAGUGACAUCUUAUUGAACCCACCUGAAAAACGAAAAUAUGACGCGCUGAAAGAACGCUUGCUCUCCGUGUACCAAGAAUCUGAGACGAAACAAUUCCAGAAACUGAUUAGUGGGCUAGAACUGGGAGAUCAAAAACCUACUCAGCUACUUCGACGGAUGCGCGAACUUGGUGGCAGCUUAGUACCCGACGACGCACUAAAAGUCAUGUGGAUGAACCAACUACCUACCUACGUCAGAACCGUCUUGGCAAUCAACAAAGAAGCUACACUGUCAACCCUAGCUGCAAUGGCCGAUUUAAUGAUGGAACAACACGAACCCAAAUGGUCUCAAGGAGACUGGUGGCAGCUACAAGGACAACACAAUGAAAACAUCAAGUAA